AUGCAGUCAAACCCGUCGGGAACCCCGUACGCGUGCUUCCAGCCUUGCCGAGCUCAUCGCAGCCUUCGCCCCAUCUAUCUAUCGAAACCCAAGACCAUCUAUACUCUUGGGCGUGAUCCUGCCAAUGACAUAUAUCUUCCAGGGGUCAAGAUAAGCUACGAGCACUGUAUCAUAACGUGGAACGGGCAAGAAAAUGACGACAUUGUCGUUUCGGUGCGAGACACAUCUUCGAAUGGCACCUGGAUCAACGGCCAACGUGUUGAACCCACUUAUACCCGCGUGCUGCGCGACGGCAAUGAGGUCGCGUUCGCAACACCCUUGUAUCAACAGCAUGCCGACGAAGACUACCGGUACAUCUUCCGUAUAUUGGUUGGGGAGGCCGCUACAGUUGGUCUAGGCGCACAUUACGACCUUACACACGAACUGGGGCACGGCGCGUUUGCUACAGUCAUGAAGGGCGUUCACCGCGCGAGUGGGGAUUGGUGUGCUGUGAAGAUCAUACAUCGUAGAGCUCGAGACGAUCUGUCGACCCUCAUGCGCGAGAUAGAUAUUCUGAAGUCUCUGGAACAUCGGAACAUCUGCGCACUGCGCGAGUGUUUCUUCCCUCGCAGUGACGACUGCAGAGAUGACAAUAUCUAUCUUGUGCUAGAACUGGUGGACGGUGGGGACUUGUUUCAAUACAUAGCGGAAGAGCAUGGUCUUCCUGAGCUAAAGGCGAAAGAUAUUGCGGGACAGGUCUGCGAUGCCGUGGCGUAUAUUCAUAGCAAAGGCAUCGUGCAUCGCGAUUUGAAGCCAGAGAACAUCCUCUUAUCGCAUGACAAGACUGUCGCCAAGGUGACUGAUUUUGGUAUAUCAAGGUCUCUAGAAGGAUUGUCCCAAACACGCACGAUCUGUGGGACACCCUCUUAUCUAGCACCUGAGCUCAUCGACGGUGACAGUGGUCAUUCGGGGAGUUACGACCAUCUCGUGGAUAGCUGGAGUCUCGGUGUUACGGUGUUCUGCACGUUGGCUAAUUGUACACCUUUCAUCGAGGACCUAUCCUUACCCAUGGCCCAGCGGAUCAGUAGACGUCAGAUCAAUUGGACUCUCUUGGGUGGGCGGUCAGACGAAGUGAGCGAAGGAGCACGGGACUUUCUCCAGCGCUUGCUCGAUACAAACCCAGUAACGCGUAUGAGUGCAGCGGACGCCAUCAAGCACCCAUGGAUUGCAGGCGGAGAAGCCGCUUGUUCACAAGACGCUCGCAAUCUAGCGCAACCGGAGCCACAACCUGCGAUGGCCUCGCUCUCGGUGGCGACACGGGCAAAAGCUGGCAAGCGCACCCCGAAGCGCUCAGGGGUCAAUCAGAAGGUGCCUGCGGUCCAGCGCACUUUGCGUCCCCGUCAAGAGCCGGAGAUCGUCAGUGGACCCUUGCGCAAGACCCGUGCUGCCGCGAAGCCAACGUCCAAGGUUCGGACAACUCACAAGACCCGCGGCGCUGCCACGAAAACAUCGCAGUCUCAACCAGCCGCAUCGACGCGUAUUACAGCUGUCUCAUCCGGUGACGACUGGAGCGCGCGCGCGAGUUCGCGCGGGUCCGAGUUAUUUCCUGCCACCAAGCACACGCAAUCGGCAUUCCCGUAUCCCGUAUAUCUCACACGAAAGGAGAUGUCGGCUCACACAUAUCCUUACGAUGCGCUUGCGACGUGGGAUGAGGGGAUUUUUAAGGAUCCAGUUACCCCGCUCGCACAGUUCCCUCGCGAGGACGACUGGGAUUUGAGCACCCCAGCAGACUUGUAUCCUGCUAAAGAACUGGAUAUUCCAGAGGUCAUCGAGAUUAACGCACGAAUCAUUUCCCUCGAAAGAGAGAUCCAAGCGCUACGCCUACGCAAGGCCGGCCUAUUCAUGGCGCACACGCCCGUCAAGUGCUUACCACCCGAGAUACUUGGGCGUAUAUUUGAACUGGCUGUACAUCAAGACCCGUGUCUACUCCCCGAUCUCUCCCUCGUCUCUACCCUCUGGCGGCGCACCACGUUAUCGACGCCGACCCUAUGGACAUACAUCAUAUACGAGAGAACGGAUGCAUGGAGUAUGGAGUCAUCUGCGGAAUUGCAUGCAUCGUUUAUGCGUAUCAUGAGGACGCAGCUAUUGCGGUCGGGCGCCUGCAAGCUCUACGUGCAACUGGAUGUAUGGCGCAUAGAGUCGCUCACUCUAUUCCAGCAAAUACUGGACGAGCUCAACCCUCACCUCGAGCGCGUGUAUUUCUUCAGCGCUCGCGUGCGUAGCUGGGAAUGGAUGCAGCGUAUCGCCGACGCUGGACGCUCAUUUGGCCCCGCAUUGGAGCAGAUACAUCUAGAUGUAUACAGGGGGUGGGAAGGCGGUGUUCCAUGUAUCGCACUCGAGAGGCCCUGCCCUGCCCUUAAGUAUGCCGUGCUUGAUGGACUUCCACCAUAUGUGCUGGGCGACGCAAUACAGAACGUGCGUGUGCUUCACUACGCUGGUGACCGUCUUCGACGCCUCGAUCUUGAUCGACUCCUGGCGACUGCGAGUGCGGCAAUUCAGUUGCACACAUUGCGAUUGCAAACACCGCAUUUUGGACUCGCAGAGCCAUCCAUUCGACCUCUCCACGUCUCCCACAGCUUGCGCACGGUUGUCCUGCAUCAUCUUAGCAGCGAUGAAAUAUCAGCUUUCGUGCGCGCCGGACGUUUCCCUUCCCUGGUACAUCUCGGAGUCAAGAUGCACGCAGCGACGCCCGGCGAUGCCGAUGCAGCGGCAGCUACUAAUCCCGUCACGAUCCUGUGGCUAUUGCAUGUCGCGGAAUACUCGAAGGAGCAUCUUCCCGCGUUGCGCCUCUUGGAUAUUGGUGGUGUUUCAUUCGAUGGUUCGGCGCGCGAACUUCUGUUGCAGGCUCUAUGGCGAUUACCCCAACUUACCGGCCUUGCCUUGAGCUGUCCCCCGCAACAGCGGGCGCUUGGGGAGGGUGUGCUGGAUAUGUUUGGCACAAGGACAGGGCAUGGAGCUUGGCUGCUCCCUCGGCUCGAAGCACUCGCGUUCUGGGCGUGCAGUGACAUCACCGGGCACGAAGUCCUACAGGCUCUGCGCGCACGCGCCACCGAGAGCAGCCUGAGUCGUAUCCAUUACCUCAAGAUAGCUCAUUGCCCCGAAUUCGCCUCGGAGGUGUAUGCCCCACUCGCUCAGUUAGCAGACAAUGUGCUCAUACUCUGA